CCCCCAGCGGACGGGGGUGUCGGUGUCGGACAGACCGACGAUCAGAACGUGAGUGUGUAAUAAUAAUAAUAAUAAUAAUAAUAAUAAUAAUACGUCACCCACAGCAGGUCACAGGGAAACUGAUGGAUAGUUUGAAGGGAACUUGACUGAAUCCCCGACAUCCAGUGAGAGGUUUAUUGAUUAUUCAUAUGAAUAUUCAUAUUCACAAUAAUACCAAUAUGAAUAUGGAUAUGAAUACGAAUACCAAUAUCAAUAUCAAUAUCCGGCGUAGUAACGGGUCUUAUAGACUGAACAGGAUCAACUACAGCUCGAGUCAUAAUCAAUAACUGUAUAUGGAUUCAUUGGACUGCUCUUAUCACACUGGUGGUUAAACAAACACGUUGCGAUGAGGUCGGGAUCAGUCCGACGCUGUUUUAUGACGUCACAGCAGGUUGUAAAGGGUUUUGUUAGAGAGGUUCUGAAAAGGUUUUCUCUUCCUGGUUCCUGGACUUAUUGAUCUGAAUGAUUUAAAACAAUCAUGAUCUUCUGUUAUGAUCCAGUUUAAAAAGAUCAGAAAGAAAUAAACAACAGUCACUUCCUCUAACAGCUUUUCAAAAUAAAAGAGCUUCAGGUUCAAGGUUCAAAAAACAGUAGUUACCAGUGUCAGUACAGUGUAACUGCUGUUUUAGAGGCAAAGAAGAGGAAGAAGAAGAAGAAGAAGAAGAAAUGAUUUCUGUGAAAAUAAAAGUGUACUUUUAUCAGACGUGAUAUAUCAGAUCCAAUAAAAGUGGUGAUGAUGAUGAUGAUGAUGAUGUCACAACUGCGUCAGUCAACAGACGUGUUUGUUUCUGCUUCAUUCACCUGGAAACACUCUGGUCACGUGACUGACCUCAUUUUCAUCCCCCUCAUCGUCCUCAUCGCCCUCAUCGUCCUCAUAGUAUUCAUCGCCCUCAUCAUCUUCAAUUCCUCAUCGUCUUCAUCUUCUCUCAUUGUUCUCAACGUCCUCAUCGUGCUCAUCAUCCUCUUCGCACUCAUCGUCUUCAUUUUUGUCUCAUCGUUCUCAUCGCCCUCAUCGUCUUCAUUUUCUCUCAUCGUUCUCAACGUCCUCAUCAUACUCAUCACCCUCAUUGUCCUCAUCGCCCUCAUCGCCCUCAUCGCCCCCAUCAUCUUCAAUUCCUCAUGGUCCUCAUUGCCCUCAUCGUCUUAAUUUUCUCUCAUUGUUCUCAACAUCCUCAUCGUCCUCAUCAUACUCAUAACCCUCAUUGUCCUAAUCGCCCUCAUCCCCCCCAUCGUCUUUAAUUCCUCAUGGCCCUCAUCGCCCUCAUCGUCUUCAGUUUCUGUUAUGGUCCUCAUCGCCCUCAUCGUCUUCAUUUUCUCUCAUCGUUCUCAACGUCCUCAUCGUCGUCAUCGUCGUCAUCAUACUCAUCGCCCUCAUUGUCCUCAUUGCCCUCAUCGUACUCAUCGCCCCCAUCUUCUUCAAUUCCUCAUGGUCCUCAUCGCCCUCAUCAUACUCAUCGCCCUCAUUGUCCUAAUCGCCCUCAUUGUACUCAUCGCCCCCAUAUUCUUCAAUUCCUCAUGGUCCUCAUCGCCCUCAUCGCCCUCAUCGUCUUCAUUUUCUCUCACCGUUCUCAACGUCCUCAUCGCCCUCAUCGUCUUCAUCUUCUCUCAUCGUCCUCAUCGUCCUCAUCGCCCUCAUCGUCCUCAUCGCCCUCAUCAUCCUCAAUUCCUCAAUGCCCUCAUUGUCCUCAAUUCCUCAUCGUCCCCACUGCCCUCAUUGUCCUCAUCUUCUCUCAUCGCCCUCAUAGUCCUCAUCGUCCUCAUCAUCUUCAACGUCCUCAUCGUCCUCAUCAUCUUCAAUGUCCUCAUCGUCCUCAUCGCCCUCAUCACCCUCAUCGUCCUCAUCGUCCGCAUAGUCCUCAUCAUCCUCAUCGUCCUCGACAUCCUCGUCGUCCUCAUCGUCCUCAUUGCCCUCAUCGUCCUCGUCUUCCCUCAUCGUCUUCAACAUCCUCAUCAUCCUCAUCGUCCUCAACAUCCUUAUCGUCCUCGUCGUCCUCAUUGCCCUCAUCGUCCUCAUCUCCUCUCAUCGUCCUCAACGUCCUCAUCGUCCUCAUCAUACUCAUUGUCCUCAGCAUCCUCAUCGCCCUCAUCGUCCUUAUCGUCCUUAUCAUCCUCAUCACCCUCAUCGCCCUCAUCACCCUUAUCGUCGCCCUCAUUGUCCUCAAUGUCCUCAACGCCCUCGUCAUCCUCAUCAUUCUCGUCAUCCUCGUCAUCCUCAUCUUCCUCAUCUUCAGGAGAAAAACGUCAUCAGAGUUCAUGGAAACUUCCCGGCCUUCACCUGUUCACAGUAACAAGCCCCAGUGGAGCUCAUCUUCAUCGUCUUCAUCGUCCUCAUCGUCUUCCUCAGCAGCAGCACGAGGCCGCAGUCUGUGUGGACAAAAGGACACUGGAGACCAAUUAGCAGCAGCAGGGAACCAUGAGAGGCUGUCACCAUGGUUACUGCUGCAAACAGAGAGCACCCUCAGGAACGUUGAUGUCACGUCGCUGUAGUUUCACUGACCAUCGAGUGUGCCUGUGUGUGUGUGUGUAUGUGUGUGUGUGUGUUAAGGAAACUGAAGUCGACUAUAAGAGCGGACGAUCAGAUGGAGUUCCUUCAUUCAGAGCAGGAGGAGGAGCAAGAAGACGAAGAGGAGGAAGAGGAAGUAACAGCAUCAGUCUGAUGUUGAACUCUGAGCUCGGUGGAAGAUUCACAUCAAUUGAGUCGUUGUGAACCAAACGUGAUGAUUUUGUGUUGAAGACUGAGAAACUGGGGAAAGGUCCAGAAGUGAUUCUGUCUCAUGACGAUUUGUCUGAUUGAUCUUAUUGGUCACAUGUCAGUAUGAACAGCUCGCCGUCGUCCGUCCCGAUCGUCUUCGCGGUCUACGGCUCUCUGGGCGUGUACAGUUUGGCUCUGGCGGUGUGUGUGUUGGUCGUCUACGCAUCCUGUGUGUGUGCGUGUGAACUUUGUCCUGGUCGUGGUCGUGUGUGUGGAGUCUCAUCUCCACAGGCCGAUUUACGUCCUGCUGGUGAACCUGGCUCUGAGCGGCGUGAUGGGCAGCUAAUCCGUGUGUCCUCAGGUGAUCAGACAUCUCAUCGUGAGGCGUCAGGAAACUUCUCUCACAGCCUGUUUGACACAAGUGUUCUUCACCAACCUGUACGCCGGCUGCAUCUUCUGUCUCUUGGCCCUGAUGGCCUACGACCGCUACGUGUCCAUCUGUAAACCGCUGCUGUAUCAUGCCAUCAUGACGCCGGCGAAGGUGAAACUGAUGCUGACGAUGGUUUAUCUGGUCCUCGCCUCGUCCUCGGCCGUGCAGGGGUACCUGACGUCCAGACUGCGGCUGUGCGGACACAUGGUGGAUAAACUUGUGUGUGACAGUUUGGUGAUUGCAAACCUUUCCUGUGAACGGACGCCGAUGAUCAGUGUGUACGGUCUGUGCUGUGCUCUGUGCGUCGUCGCCCCUCCCCCUUCUCCCGUACGUUCACAUUUUCGCAGUGAUCAUAAAAACGUCGGCGGCGUCUCGGAGGAAAGCGAUGCAGACAAAGUUACAUGUUAUACACUUGUCCUCUGCCUUGCAUCGUCAUCACGUGAUGUAAUUAAAGUGUAAAAUUAAGCUUUAGCAUGGGCGUGGCAAAAUGCGUCUAUAGCACCCCCAAUUAGAUUUAGAAAAUCAAGCCCUUCGUUCAGGUUUCAACUACAUACACAAAAUUUGGUACACGUAUGUAUCAUGUCCAGACUCACUAAAAAGUCUCUUGGAGGCAUAUCGUAAUUGUUGUUUACUAAGUAGCGAUGAUGUGAAGAUGUAUUGAAGAGAAGUCCGCCGACACCGUCUUGAUUGUACAUAAAGGUUUAAUACAAAAAGACCAGCAUCAAUACAAGCCCUGCAGAGCUUGGAGAGCAUCCAGCCAAAGGGACAACUCUGUCCACACUUCGUAAAACAUAGACUUAUAUAGGACUUCAGAAGGUCUUAUGCAACAUCUGGUCAUGCAAGGUAAAGAGAAGAUUAGAGGGGAUUUCAAAUGAAAGGUCAAAAGGUUAUCAAGAGGCCCCUAACGUAACCAUCCAAAGUACAAAUGCUGUGGACCCCAUCAACUACUAUCAUUACAUAUGGUGACAAAAAUACACCACAUAAUCUCUACAGGAAGUUGGCCAUUUGGAUUUGAAAAUUAAAUCUUGAACCUUUUUUUGCCAUUUUCACACGCUAUGUUUUAACAAACUCCUUCAACAAAUUUCACACAAGCUACUUCAGUUUGGAGUUCAUUAUCUACAGACCAAUGGGAUGAAAAGUUAUAAAAAUCCUGACUUUUCGUCAGAGGGCGUGGCUGUGACAGCGUUGGGAAUUUUCAAACCUUCGUCAUGAAACAGGAAGUUACUCGUAAUCAAAGGUACAUGUUCCGAUCUGACCCAAACUUCUCAGACAUGAUAACAGCCCCGCCCUCAACACAUCUAAAUGUCAAUGUUGACUGAACACCAUAGCCAUAAGUGACAUGUUUUAUACUAUUACUUCCACUGCCUUACAGGUUGACCAGAUCCACCUCAAACUUGCUCAAAACACUUGAUGAUGUGAUGUACAGAAAUCUGUGACUCCUCGUCAGACGCCUUCCCCGUGGUGUGGCGGCAAACUUCCAUGUGCCACCAUGAAAUAUCAGACUUUCAUAACUCCACCUUAUGUGGUCAUAUCUUGACCAAAUUUUGCAGGACUGAUAUCAGUCCUACCCUGAACACAUUUGCAUUUGAAUAUUGAACCAUAGUUAUAGCGCCACCUACUGGUAUCAGGUGGAUUACAGAGGCUCCAUAGCACCCCCCGUAUGACAUUGAGUGCUGUACCUGCCAUAUAGUAUCAACUACAUAUAUCAUAUUUUGUAGGCAUGUGGAACUCCUCAAUACGGACAACAUCAAUGCAUUAAUCAUACUAAACAGGAAGUGAGACAUUUAGGAUUUUGUGUGUUUUGACAUGUGUUAUAUUUUAUCGACCUCCUACAGAUUUCACAUGAGCAACUUCAAUUUGGUGUGUUUCCUAUGGAAUGAAAAGUUACUAAAAGCUUGAUAAUAACCAUAAUAAUAAUGGUUAUUAAUAUUAUUAUUAUUACCACAUACAGUUGUUUCAGCACAAAUAUAAAAACUAAUUCACAAACCACCAAAGAAAACAAAUUUUCCUUUCAUGAUAAUUUAUUUUGUUAUUUUCAGCGUCGACCAAAAACUAUUUGACAAACGGAUCAAUAGACCGACACUUCAACAGAAGAAGAAAAAUAUUCAUCAUCCCCUUUUUGAUUUUCUUUCUUUUCACAAAUCAAUGAUACAUUCAUCAAUAGCAUUUAUCACAACUUAAAUAUUACUCAAUAUGUUCAUAAUGUGUCAUUACUUAUUUGUUUAAUUGAAAAACAUUUGAGCAACAUUUUAAAGGACAGUUUCAGUCACACAGAAACACACUCGAAUCUAAUGUGAUGCAAACGCACUGACUUUUAUCAGCUUAUCUUCAAGAAGAAAUUAAAGACAGAUCUUUUUUUUAAUUAUAUUUUAAUCAGUUUACAUGUUUUAUAAUCUUACACGUUUUGGGUGUGUAUGUUGUUUUCAUCAUGUCAUGUGAAGCCAUUUGUUUGUAUGAAAGAUGCUGUUGAGUUUAUGAAGAUGAGACAUAAAUAAAUACAUUCAUGAAUCUCCA